AAUGAAAUACAUGAUAGUUGUAUUGUUUGCCUUAGCAGCUACAAGCUAUGCUUCAAAAACUUAAGAUCAAAUCUUAGCACUUUUAUAAGUAAGUUGAAAUCAUUUAUUCAAAUAGACUGGAACAAAAGCAAGUGAUGCUAUUGAUACAGUAUUUGGAUUGUUAAAUGAUUUGAAAUAAUCAAAUAUUGAUGCUUAAUUUGCUGCAGAUUAAAAGAAUGAAACAGAUGAAUGGAUUGGUGCUUAGUAUAUAUAAAUAAUUAAAUAUUAGAACAAUUGAAUAAUUCACCAAAAUCAAAACCUUGAAUUAAAAAUUAUUCUAACAAGCCGUUGAAAAUAGAGCUGAAUAUGAAUAAGUCUUAUAAUAAACCAAAAAUUAUUUGGCUUGGAAUGAAGCUAGAAGAGAUUCUAUUGCAGCUAAAAUUGAAACAUUACAAGAUAAUUAAUGUUUCAGCAAUCAAUUAUUUGUGAAAUCAAUUAAACACAAUUAAGAAGCUCUCGAAGUUAUCAAACUUCUUAAAUAAGAUGUUGCUGGUUAUAUUAUAAAUGGAGAUUCAUUUGAAUUUACAUAAGUUAAAGCUUAAUCAGUUGCUGAAAAAUUAAAAUAAUAUAGCAAUUUGUUUUAAGAACAUCAAAUCAAAUCAUUCUUAGCAUUAGCUUAAGAAUAAUAAGUAAAUUAUUGAAAUAUUAAAGGAAUAAUCAUCUGGAAAUGGAUCAACAUUGGCUGAAAAAGUUUUGGCUGUUCUUGAAGGAUUACAAAAUGAAUUAGAAGCAUCAUUGGAGAAUUUGAAAUAAAAUGAAAUUAAUGCAUCUUGGGAAUUAGCUGGAUGGGUUUCAUUAUCUGAAGCUGAAAUCACAAGUUUGGAAGUAGAAUAUGAAAGAAAAUAAGUAUUUGCUGAUAGAACUGCUACUGUAUAGAUUAUUAAUUAAAUUAGUAAAUCCAAGCUGCUUUGGCCUAAUAAGCUAAAUCAAAGAUUAUAUUAUAAGAAUCAUAAGAUGCCUUAGAUUAAGCAUAAGCUGAUUUAGAAGCAAAGAGAGCUGAUUAUGAAGAAGCAAAGGCAAAGAGAAAUGAAGAGAAUGCUAUAUUGGAUGAAGUUAUCAUCAUGUUCAAGAAAUAAGUUGCUUCAUGGUCAGGAAGAUGAU